CUCCAGCGCAGCCACAGCGCCGCUGCCGCCAUCUUGCCGCGCGCUUUCCCGUGCCCGCCUCUUCCGCCCCUCGGCCGGGAGCGGCCGCCAUGGAGGCGGCGCCGCCGGUCUUUGCUUUCGGUGUCAUCGCGGACAUCCAGUACGCGGACGCGGAUGAUGGCUACGACUUCGGGGGGUGCCGACGGCGGUAUUACAGGCAGAGCCUCAAACUGCUGCGGGACGCUGUGGACGCCUGGGCCGCAGAGAGGCCACCGCUUGCCUUCGUUCUGCAGCUGGGUGACAGCAUCGACGGCCUCAACGCCCGGAGGGGGACGGCUGAGCGUGCCUUGGAGCAGGUACUGGCAGAGCUGGGGCGGCUGCCGGUGCCGGUGCAUCAUACAUGGGGCAACCACGACUUCUAUAACUUCAGCCGGGCCCGCCUGGUGCACACUGGCCUCAACAGCCGUCCCACCGGGGCCAUGAGCAGCUCGCCGGUCGCCGACUGCCAAGCCUAUCACUUCAGCCCCUCCCCGCGGUUCCGCAUCAUCGUACUCGAUGCCUACGACCUGAGCAUCCUUGGCAGGGAGCCAGACAGCCCCCGCUACCAGGAGUCCCUGCAGCUGCUGCAGGAGAAUAACCCCAAUGACAACCUCAACAGCCCCACAGGACUUGAAGAACCUCAGUUUGUAGAGUUUAAUGGAGGAUUUAGUCAAGUUCAGCUGGAUUGGUUCAAUGAAGUCCUCAAGUUCUCAGAUGAAAACCAAGAAAAAGUUGUAGUUAUGGGUCAUCUGCCCAUUCAUCCAGAUGCUUCAGACAGAGUUUGCCUAGCCUGGAAUUACAAAGAUGCCCUUUCAGUCAUACACUCCCAUCAGUGUGUGGUCUGCUUCCUUGCUGGGCACCUGCAUGAUGGUGGCUACUGUUUAGACUCUCAUGGAGUUCAUCAUCUGACUUUGGAGGGGGUAAUUGAAACUCCACCGGAAAGCAAUGCCUUUGGAACUAUUUAUGUCUAUGAAGAUAAAAUGAUACUAAAGGGAAGGGGCAGAAUUUCAGACAGAGUUAUGCAUUUCUGAAAAUAGUAUGCAAGUACAAAUUGCUGCACUUCAGGAAGUACCUGGACAAAAAAAGCAGGGGAUUCAACUUAUUAUUUGCUUGUAGAAAGCUAUGCAUGGCUGAUCCUUAUAGCUGUUACUCAUACAUUUUUAUCUUGGAUACAGAAUUUUAGAAGUUAUGUUUUUGUAAGAAAACAGACCUGGUUUCUUUGUUGAGAAUAAAGAUGGCCAGUUAGCAUGUAAUCAAAUAAAUGUACUUGAAUGCAGAAUGUUGAAACACUCAAUCCUGGCUGGAUUGUUACUUACUGGAAAAAAAAAUGAAAACCAUAUAAUGAACAUUUUCCCAGAAAAAGCCAUUUUUUCUCAAUCAGAAUUCAAGCAUGCAGAAUUGUAACUGCCCAGCCACAUAUAAUUAAUUUAUUAUUUUUUUUAACAUAAUGGUCAGUAAUGUCUCAUAUCUGGCAGAAUGAGUCCACCCUGUAGCCUAAUGCACUCUUCUUAUUGUUGCUUUAAAAGACUAAAUUUCAAAAAAAAAUAAGCCCAAGGAAAAUAGAGAUCAUCUACCCUACAUCACAUAAUGCUGCAGAUACACCCCCUGGGAUCUCCAUGUGCACAGCUGUUAGCCUGCAGCAGCACUCAGCAAAGAAUCCCUGCCUGGAAGGAGCUAAAGCUGAUAGUUGUAGAAAUGUACUAAAAUGAUGACUUUGCUGUACUAAGUUAGCUGAAUGGGUUACUUUUAAAACAACGUGCUUUGUGAAACUGUAUGUCAAGCAUCCUGCAGGUUGUGAUAACAUCAAGUCUUCUAAGACCUGUCUGCCUACAGCCAACAUUCAUGUUGAUUCUGGACCCACCUGGACAAUCUACCAGCUUGAGACUGGAGACAGGACCAGGACAGGGAGACAGGACUAAGAUGACAAAGGACCUAGAAUCAACAAAGACCCCCACAGGAGACCCUUUGGCAUAGAACUGAAUAUGCAUGGUUUUGGUAUAUAAUAGUUGGAGUGUUUUGCUAACUCGUUGGAACACUUAUGGUAGAGAAUCCCCAGUGCUGCCCUCCUGAACAGUUCUGUUUGCUGUUGAGUUCAAUUUAUUUGUUUCAAGCAUGUUGCUGUGCUGCAUCUGGACUUAUUCUCUUUCUCAGCCAGCUUGUGUAUUCACCUGAGCAUUCACCUGAGCUUCCUUUUCCAGGAUUAUUAGUGAUGAAACAUGCUUACUGUUGCUAGGCUGCUGUAUGGGUUCUGCUUUCCAAGAGCAGGAAUUCUGUGAGAAGCAGAGUUGUGACAGUGACCAUGUCUGCUGGUGGCAGUCUUGAGUACAAAUCACACAGAAAAUAAAAAGACAGAAGCCUGAA